AUGAAGUACCGUUUGAGUUUUUGCAAAAAUUUUGAGGAAUGCCUGCAGCAGUGCAAAACACCGCAAAAUUUUCUUGGAGCAUGUAUUAGCAUUCGUUCUUGUGAUUCUCUCAUGAAACUACUUCCAACCUCCAGAGAUGAUGAAAACAUAUUAAAUUACUUAAAACAAUCAGCUUGUGGUUUUGAUCAACUAGGACCCAAGGUAAUGUAUGUUGCCCUGUUGGGCAUUCUCCAUUUGAUGAACCAACCAGAAAAAAAUGAGAAAAUUGAAAACAGAUUUGAACUUCCUAGUGGUGAAUUGCAGCAAUGUGGAAACAGAAGUAGAAACUUGCGGGAUCACGGUGGAUUUGCAUUCAUAGGUGGAAUUACAUCUAAGCAAGGAGAAUGGCCCUGGGUUGCCGCUUUAGGCUACCGUGGAGAAAAUGGAUCAACUAAAUGGUUAUGUGGUGGUGCUCUAAUUACUAGAAGACAUGUGCUCACCGCUGCUCAUUGCGUUGCUCAUAGAGCUGAUUUGUAUUUGGUACGUUUGGGAGAAUUCGAUUUUAAUACGGAUUUCGAUUCAGCUGAGGAUGUUGCUAUUGCCAAAGCAGUUGCUCAUGAACAAUACAACAGAAGGACACGUGUUGCUGAUAUUGCCAUUAUCUAUCUGCAAGAAGACGCUCCAUAUUCUUAUGCUAUUUAUCCAGUAUGUUUACCAUUUCCUGAAGAUGUGGCAAACAAAAACUUUACGACUACUAUAUAUCAAGAAUAUCCUUAUGGUGCAGGAUGGGGUGCUACACAAUACCAAGGAGCAACAAGUCCAACUUUGCAAGAGGUGAGAUUACCUGUAGUGACAACCGAAAUGUGCCAAAAUGCGUAUGCUGGUUUUCCCAAUCAGAUAAUAGAUGAGAGAGUGAUAUGCGCUGGCUACAAGCAAGGAGGUAUUGACGCUUGCUCUGGAGAUAGUGGUGGACCACUUUUUUGGCCAAAGGGAACAAUCUAUUAUUUGAUCGGAGUGGUAUCUUAUGGAUACAGAUGCGCUGAACCUGGAUUUCCAGGCGUAUACACAAGAGUUAGCGCUUAUUUGCCAUGGAUAACAGAAAAACUAAAACAGUGA